GCCUUCCGCCCCGCUCCAAGAUGGCUGCCGGCCAUCACUUCCGGUGAAACGACUUGGCUCCUUCUCCCUCCUCGCCACCCUCCCAUUGGGCGGUUGAGGGAAAACAACGCUCCGCGCAGCCUCGCUCUGCGGAAGUGGAAGGGGGUGAGUGAGGAGGCGGGCGGAGGAGCCGGCGGGACACCUCCCUGCCGAGAUGCAGUUCUUCGACCGGCUCCUGAGCACCUUCAACAGCGUCUCCAACCUGUUCUCUAACCCUUACCGGGUGAAAGAGGUGUUCCUGGCCGACUACACAACCCACCAGCAGCUCAAGGAGGAAGGCCGGGUGGUCCUCUACAAAAACGUCGCCGGCCGAACCUGGGAAUGCCUGCUGGUCAACCCCAACUGCCAGCGGAGUGCUUUACGGCUGUUCCAGCUGGACACAGAGGAGGAGGCCUUUUCGACCUUCCAGACCUUUUCCAAGAAGCUGGUGCCUUUCUACGAGAGCUCGGAGAAGACCCUGCAUGAAGACGUGGUACAACAGCUGACAGACUGUAUCCGCAGCCACCCCAGCUGGUCGGUGGCCCACCUGGCCGUGGAGCUGGGCAUCCGGGAUUGCUUCCACCACAACCACGUCGUCAGUUCUGCCAACAGCUCGGAACAAGAGGAGGGCUGCACUCCUCUGCACCUGGCGUGCCGCAGGGGCGACAUGGAGUGCCUGCUGGAGCUGAUUCAGCACUGUCACGUCAGGAUGGACGUCACCGACAACAACGGCGAAACCGCCUUCCACUACGCAAUCCGGGGGGACAAUCCUCAGGUGGUUCAGCUCCUGGGGAAGGGUCCCUCCUCUGGCCUGAACCACGUGAGCAACGAAGGGCAGACCCCUCUGCACCUGGCCUGCCAGCUGGGGCGUGAGGACAUGGUCAGGGUGCUCCUGCAGUGUAAUGCCCGCUGCCACGUGCUGGGACAGUCCGGCUACCCCAUCCACACGGCCGUGCAGUUCUCCCAGAAGGGGUGUGCCGAGUUGAUCCUCAAUAAGGACAACUCCCAGAUCCACAGCAAGGACCCUAACUUUGGGGCCACCCCACUCCACUGGGCCAAGACGGCAGAGAUGGCCCGGCUGCUGGUGAGCUACGGCAGUGAGGUGAAUAGCACCAGCAACUCGGGGGACACCGCCCUGCACCAGGCCGUGGCUCAGGACCGCUUCGACUGUGUCAUGGUCUUGCUCACCUUCGGAGCCGACCCCAACACUCGCGGGGAGCGUGGCAACGGACCCCUGCACCUGGCCGUGGCGCACAACAAUGUGGAGAUGAUAAAGGCUCUCAUCGUAUUUGGUGCUGAGGUGAACUCCACCAACAACUAUGGAGAAACCCCUGGGAAGGUGGCAGCUAAGAUGAACCAUGCAGAGCUGCAUGACGUGCUGAAGGUGUGCAGGUCCUUUACCGAGCCCAUGGUCACCAAUUACUCGCCGCUGGGGAAGAGAAGCCGCGAAGCCCUGUUGUGCCUGGACGGAGGGGGUGUCCGUGGCCUGGUGCUCAUCCAGCUUCUCAUCGCCAUUGAGAAGGCCACAGGCCUCCCCACCAAGGACCUCUUCGACUGGGUGGCCGGGACCAGCACCGGAGGGAUCCUGGCCCUGGCCAUCCUGCACGGGAAGUCCAUGACCUACAUGCGCUGCCUGUACUUCCGCAUGAAGGACGAGGUCUUCCGCGGCUCGCGGCCCUACGAGUCGACGCCUCUGGAGGAGUUCCUCAAGAAGGAGUUCGGGGAGCAUUCCAAGAUGACCGACAUCAAGAAACCCAAGGUGAUGCUGACCGGGACUCUGUCUGACCGGCAGCCGGCGGAGCUCCACCUCUUCCGGAAUUACGACGCUCCGGAGACGGAGUACGAGCCCUCUUUCAUCCUCACUGACAGCCUCCAGCCUCUCACCGAGCCCAAAGAUCAGCUGGUGUGGCGGGCUGCCCGCAGCAGCGGAGCUGCCCCCACCUACUUCCGGCCCAUGGGGCGCUUCCUGGACGGCGGCCUGCUGGCCAACAACCCCACCCUGGACGCCAUGACCGAGAUUCACGAGUACAACCAGGACCUGAUCCGAAAGGGUGAGCGCCACAGAGUGAAGAAGCUGGGAGUGGUGGUCUCCCUGGGCACAGGGAAAUCCCCACAGGUGCCAGUGACCUGUGUGGAUGUCUUCCGUCCCAGCAACCCCUGGGAACUGGCCAAAACGGUCUUUGGGGCCCGGGAGCUGGGCAAGAUGGUGGUGGAUUGUUGCACGGAGCCGGACGGGCGGGCCGUGAACCGUGCCCGAGCCUGGUGCCAGAUGGUGGACAUCCUCUAUUUCAGAUUCAACCCCCAUUUCGGGAUGGAAGUGAAUCUGGAUGAGGUGAGCGACACAGUCCUGGUGAACGCCCUCUGGGACACCCAGAUAUACAUCCAUGAACAGCGAAAACAAAUCCAACAGCUGGUCCAGCACCUGCUCGGCCUCUGAGGGCCGCCCUCCCGGCCCCGUCCGGGGGUCACUCCAAAACGGGGCUCGUGGGGGACCCUCAGGGCGGAAAGAGUUGGCCAGACUGGCAGGAGGGAGGCUUUGGGCUGGGUUGGGGAUGGGCUUCUGACAUGGGAUGGCAUUUCUCCCCUCUAUCCCCUGCUCCCAACUUCCAUCCCCUCACUUGUCCCCCUGAGGCCAUCAUGCCUUCCCUCCCUCCCCCUCCCCAGUGUCUGUUGCUGCCUUAAUUUAUUUAAUGAUAACUGACAGGUGGUCCUACAUUUCCACUGCCCUCAUCUCCCCGUUCAAUCCUAUCCUUCCUCACCCCCUAGUCCUCUACCCUCCUGUCCGCUCCAGUAACACACUACAGAAAAGACCAAACUACAGCUGCUGUUCCAUCCCUUCUCCCCACCCGACACACAGACUCUGAUUCUAACCUGAUUUUUUUUUUUUUAACGUGGGGGUAGGCUGGUAGGAAUGGGCCCAGGUAACCACGGGGGAGUCCAGAGGCUGGGGGAGGGGAGAGAGGCUUGGGCCUGAAGCCGAUACUGCACCUCCGGAGCGACUCUAGAAAUCACACAGAACUUCCACCCCGACCUUUCCCCCCCGCCCCUCCCUAUUCCCUCGGUGGGGCUGGGAGGCAGCUGCCCCAAGCCACCCCAGGGCCCAGAAGUGAUAACGGAGUCGGGCUCUGAAGCGCGGCAGGGAACCUCCCCGGCUCCCUCCCAGACUUCACCCCGUUUCCCUGAUCGAGGGGGUCCCCCUUGUUACUCUGAGGGCCCUCACUACAGUCAGCUGGGUUUCUCCUCCCUUCUUUGUUGGUUUGGUUUCUGAGCCUGUUAAUUUAUUCUUCCUGAGAGGCAAGCUUUGCAAGAUGUCUCAGGGGCCUGUGGCGUUUCUCCUUGGACUCCUGGGUCCCUGUGAAAUAAACGGUUUGGAUUCAAGCUGA